AUGGAAAUUGCCACGAUGGAGACCGGCUUCGUAUUCCCCGAACAUGGCCAAGUCAUUGACAUCAAUGGCAGCAAGAUGUCCAUGAACUUGAAGGCCGCUGUCGAGAAGGAAUUCCUCUACAUCAAGAAGGGCGGCGAAAAGCCGACUAUGCCUGACGAGCUGUUGUAUACCGAUAUCGGAUUGAACCUGUGGAAAGACAUUAUCCAUCACGAGAGCUUCUACCAAACACACGACGAAGCAAAGCUUUUUGAUAUUAAUGGCGCUGAGAUUGUGUCCCGUCUGCGACCUGGCGUCGUCAUGAUCGAUCUCGGGGCAGGAGAUACUGAGAAGGUUGAGCACUUGCUGGCAGCUUUUGAAAAGGCGCGGGUCCCGUGCACGUAUCUUGCUCUCGAUAUUUCUAAAAAAUCACUUGAUGAGAACAUCAAAUUUCUCGAGUCGAAGCAUUCAGGCCCUGAUUGUGUCGUCAGAUGCGCUGGCCUUUGGGGUACAUUCGAAGAUGGGAAGCAUUGGGUUCAGAACAUCCAAGGACAGCGUCUGUUUCUGUCACUGGGCUCAGUGCUUUGCAACGACCCUUACUUUGAAGCGCUGACGAAGCUCAAGUCAUGGGCGAGUGUUAUGCGUGAGGAUGAUUUGACUCUCAUCGGCAUGGAUGGACACCUGCAUCCCAAGGACGAGAAGAAGAUCUGGAAGGCUUAUCAUUCAACAGACGACCUUUACCGCAAGUUCUUCUUCGACAACGGGUUUGCCCAUGCGAACAAGGCCGUUGGAGAGACUUGGUUCAGAGAACAGGACUGGGAGCUCAAGGCAGAGCUUGAGGACUACCCAACAACCAGGCACCGCUUUUACUUCCGGGCCAGGCACACAUUCAACCUCGGCUCCACCGAUCGCCAGAUCCAGGAGGGCGAGGAGUUCGACUGGUUCGACUCUCACAAGUAUGGACAAAGCCAGGUUGAGACUAUGUUUGAGAAGUCUGGGUUGAUUGCCACCAACAUUUGGCAAGCCCCAGACUCCGAAUUCCGUCAAUACCUUGUCAAGCUCAAGGAUGACCAUGACCAGAGAGGCGACGCUGACAGCGCCGUAUCUGGCGUCAACUGA